AUGAGCGAUGAAGAGCAAAAUGAAAAAGUUGAAAGUAUCAAACUUGAUAUGGAUCUUGUAAGUUUGUGGGAAAAGCGAAAAAAAAACAAUUUCAAAUUUCGCGCACACAGCACUCGUAAACGCGGAGUUUCGUUGUUUUCUUUUUAUUUUUCUCGCGAAAAAUUUAUAAAAUUAAAAUAUUUCUAUUUGCAGUUGAUAAAAGAGCAUUGGGCUCCGGUGCGAGAACUUGGAAAGGGUAACUUUGGCAAGGUUUUUCAUGUUAUGAAUAUUCAAGAUGGAAGAGAAGGAGCGAUGAAAACAGAGAAAUUAGAGACGGAAAGUUUGUUGAAAAUUGAAGUUGAAAUUAUGAAUGAGAUGAAGGGACAAUCGGCUGCAGUGCAGGUUUUGGAUGAAGGCUAUUCAAGUGAUUUUAGAUUUGUUAUUAUGACAUUGUGUGGAAUGGAUUUGGCAAAAAUAUCACAGUUGGUAAGUUUUGGCGUCUCAAAAUCCUAAAGAUAUUCAAAUUUUCAGCUCAAUAACAAGUUCACUGAUUCGACAAUUCUCCGUCUUUCUAUUCGGAUUCUUCAUGCUAUUAAAACGGUAUUUUCACUCCAAAUCUCUGUCCCCAACUUCAAUCAGUCAUUUUUCUAGCUUCAUGAAACUGGUUAUAUUCAUCGCGAUAUGAAACCGUGUAACUUGGCACUUGAUUAUCACAAAGAUUCACAUGUGAUUUAUUUACUCGAUUUCGGAAUGGCUCGAAAAUUUGCGCGCCAGGGAUCCGAUCAGAAAUGGUUGAUUCGCGCUCCUCGACCAUCUUGCCCUUUUCGUGGAACUCUUCGAUAUUGCUCUCCAAAUAUGCAUAAACGUCUCGAAUUGGGUCGCGUUGAUGAUUUAUGGUCGUGGGCUUAUAUGAUAAUUGAGAUGCGUGUCGAAGUUCCAUGGGCAAAUACAACACAUCCGGAUAAAGUUGAAAUUCAGAAGAAUGAAUUGAUUCAUUCGACUGUUCAUAAGGAUCCAUUGAUUAAAACGUAUUGGCCGAUUAUUGAACAUUUGAAUAGUUUGACAUAUGCUGAUCGUCCUGAUUAUAGCAUGAUGUUCAAUACGGUAAGUUUUUCUAGAAUUUUCAGAAUAUGGCUUUAUUUGUAAUGCCCUUUUUCUCUUUCAGAUCUACAACAAAGUCAAAGAAAUUGAAGCAAAUAUGAUGGAUCCGAUGGAUUUCGAUGCAAUUCGUCCACAAGAUUGUCCUGAACACGAAGCUAUAAUCAAGAAGUACAACAUUCAAGUUGGAUCGAGAGAAAAAGUUCGUGAUUUGAAAAAGGAGACUGAAGAAAUCACCGAAUUCUUUGUUCCAAAACCAACCGAUGUUCCUGGUGGCGCGAAAUUCGUCCUUCCGAAAAAUCGAAACUUUUACUAUAAACAUGAAAGAAGAGAUGGAAAAUCGAAAGGAGCCGAGUUGAAGGAUUUCUCCGAAGCUCCGAAAGGACACGGAUUGUCGACGAAGAAAAGUCAGACAAAUGUUAGCGGAGAAAAGAAUCGAAGUAUGAGAAACAAGCAGAAAGUUGAAAGUAAGAGAAAUAAGCAAAAAGGGUGA